CUCACCACUAGCAUUUCACAAUCAUGUGAUCUAUUUCUGAUUCAGCUAGCAUUCUGCAUACACUCUCUCAAAGAAACUUUCACUAUAUUACAUUACUUAUUCACUAACUUUUCUCACUUUUUAAUCAUCAUCUUCAUCAUCAUCAUCAUUAAACAUCAUUAUCUUAUUCAAGAUUCCUACCUCUUCUUCUGUUCAACUCUUUCUAUUUGUUCACCUAUCACAUUGUAUGUGUUUCUGGCAAUGACCUCUCAUUUUCAUAACAAGCAUUCUCAUAGUGCUCAUACUGAGCAGUUCAUUAGCA